AUUUUGUAUAUAGAUGCAUAACUACAUCUACAGUGGGGAAUGAAAACUUUCUGUAUAAUCUGAUUGGGCCAUUGGAAUUUGAGUGGUUGUAUUUGACCAUCUGAAAUCUGAAAAAUGUUUCCUUGAAUCACUGUUAGUUUGUAUUUUUUUGUGUACUCAUAUAUAUACAUAUAAAAUGAAGAGUAUAUUUCUCCGCCCUCAUUUCGUUCCUAUAACACUUACGCAUUAACUUUGUCAACUAUAAACUCAGUUUAAUUUAUUUUGACUAACAAAACUUAGAUUUUAGUAUCUAGUACAAUAAUCUGUUGUUUUUAGGAGAAAUAGUAUUUAGUUCAUAUGCUAAAAUAUUACACUUGUACAUUUUUGUGUUACAUUUGUCUCAUCAUUGUCAUCGAGGCAAGGACAAGAACAAAGGAUUAUGAUAAAAACUUGGGCGUGAAAGCAGUAACAAGACUGGUAAGUAUUUAUUUAGUUUGUUUUUUCCUUUAGACCUUAAUAUUUAAGCCAAUUUGUCAACUUUUUGUCGAUUUUGUCAUAUCAUCAUAAGCAGUCCAUUUAAUAUUGGAUUGGAGAAGAACUAUAACGGGAUUUUUAAAAUAUUUUAAAAUACCUACUAAGAAAAGGAAUAUUUUCCUGUAUUAUCAACGAGUUGAUGAAUUGGGAUGACAUUACAAUCUUAACGAACAUGGUUGUUUUCAUUAAAUGUCACACAGCUUAAAGUGAAGUUGCUUUAUUCCAGAGAUAGACAAUUUCGUUAUUUCUUCAAAGUUGCUAAACAUCACGAGCAGUUUUAAUACAUAUACUUUUCUACAUUGAUUGGGAUCGCUCAACUAGUCAAAUAACUUAAUUUUGACAUAAGUUGGUUAUAAACAAUCAGUAAGGGUGAACUUAGCUUUUUCCAUAGCUGUCGUUCCUCAUCCAAGUGUAUCUACCAAUCAUUAACCAAGUGGAUUUCCUCGUGAAACUAGAACCGGUGUCGCCUAUUAUCACAGCCAGAAGUGUCAGUCAGCUGUUCCAUAGAAUUAAGACAAGAUUGACGACUGAAUAAAUGAUACAUUAACGAUUAUUUAGUGUUCAAACAGUUGUGGUAUGGAAGGAGAGGAAUGCAUGGAUGAUUUCAAUUGUUGUGAAGAGUAUGAAUGCAGCCCUGAUUUACAAUGUCAACUUAGAAAUGCUAGAAAUAAAAUUGUUGGAUCUUAUCGAAAUUUAUGUGUAGCUGAUUAUGAUUGUCCACCAGGAUGGUGUUGUGAAGGCAAAUUAUAUGCACGUCGUUGUACACAAGAUUGUAGUAGAAAAACUGAACCAGAUGUUGUUCCAGCUGGAAGUUAUUAUGGACGACAAUUUUGGAAUUUAUGGGCACAUAAACGUCAUAUGGAUCGUAAUCAUUAUUGAACAAUUGAUGGAUAAAUCAAACAAAAAUAUUAUUCUCUUAUUUAUUCAUUAAAGAAUAUUUGAGAACUUUAAUUUGGUUGUGAUAAACAGUAAUGGUUGUGAUAUAACCGGUUGUGAAUAAACUUCAUUUCAUUUGAAUUUUAGAAGAAAGUUUAAAACUGUGUUUACUUAUAAAUCAAUUAAAUUAUUCUCAUUACCA